CAGCGUGACAUAACCUAGCGGUUCUUGUGUUAUCCGUCGUCGGUUUACGUGGAUCCACGGAGGUGCGAUCGUGCGAUCGGAAUUUGGUCUCGCACGAAGACGGGGGAUCGCGGUUCUCUCGCGCGACUCGCGUCACUGUCAGCCGGGUGUUUAUCGUUAUGGCCGAGCGCGGAAUGACGCGUUACAUAUUGGUGCAUGUCAGUCCGGCCGUACAGCCCCUCUAGUUCCGCGGGUACAGAGUCUCGCAGGUGAAAAAAUUCAACGUAGUUCCUCGUCGCUGCGUCGGGCGCACCGGACGUUCGGAUCGUACGACGAGCGCGAGGGAGUGUCAUCGUCGUCGGGCUGUGGGUGUCCGUAGCCGAGAUAUAUUUACACGGUGCGCAAUUUCGUGGUUGUGAGUCCGAGUGAGAGAGACCGAGAGAAGGAGAACGGAAAGAGACAAAGAGAGAGAGAGAGAGAGAGAAAGAGAAAGAGAGAAGGAGCGAGCGAGCGAGCAACGUACCGAGGAUCGCGCGAGCGUCGAAAGUAACGAGUCAUCUACCGAUCCAAGAUGGCAGAAGGCCAGCAGGAGGGUGGUCCAAAGAAGAUCACCAUCAACGUGAAAACACCGAAGGAGAAGCAGACCGUGGAGAUAGAGGAGAAUGCGACGAUAAAGGACUUCAAAGAGGCGGUCUCGAAGAAGUUCAAUGCUCAGGCCGAUCAGUUGUGCCUAAUCUUCGCCGGCAAGAUCAUGAAGGACCACGAGACCCUCAGCACGCACAACAUCAAGGACGGCCUGGCGGUACACUUGGUGAUCAAGGCGCCGCGCACUUCCUCCACGCAGAAUCAGGAAUCAAAUUCGACUCCGCGGCCACAAGCCGAUGUCAACUACAGUCCAUUUGGUUUGGGAAGCUUAGGUGGAUUGAUGGGACUAGAGUCCCUCGGCAUGGGAUCGGCUAAUUUCAUCGAUUUACAGCAACGCAUGCAACGAGAAUUAUUGUCAAAUCCUGAAACAAUGCGUCAAGUGCUCGAUAAUCCGUUGGUUCAGAGUCUGAUGAAUGAUCCAGAGAAUAUGCGCAAUCUGGUUACUGCUAAUCCUCAAAUGCAAGAACUUAUGCAACGUAAUCCGGAAAUCAGCCAUAUGUUGAACAACCCUGAACUUUUACGGCAAACGAUGGAAUUGGCACGCAACCCGUCGAUGCUGCAAGAAUUAAUGCGCUCACACGAUCGAGCUCUAUCAAAUCUAGAAAGCAUACCGGGUGGCUAUAGCGCGCUACGUCGUAUGUACCGCGAUAUACAGGAGCCGAUGCUGGCGGCAGCGACGAAUGGUCGUAAUCCUUUCGCCGCUUUGGUGGAAAACAGUAAUUCCUCCAAUCAGGACGCGCAGAAUCCACAACAGGGCCAAGAGAAUCGGGACCCGCUACCGAAUCCAUGGGGUCAGAGCCAGACUGACAGUGGUACAGGACAGCCGCAGAGUCAGAGCAGAAGUCUGCUAGACUCACCAGGGAUGCAGAGCCUCACGGCUCAGAUGAUGGAGAAUCCGCAGUUGAUGCGAAACAUGCUGAAUGCCCCGUACACGAGAUCUAUGCUGGAGGCGAUGGCGGCCGAUCCGGCGAUGGCCAAUCGAGUGAUCGCGGCGAAUCCUUUUCUCCGCGGCAAUCCGCAGAUGCAGGAACAAAUGCGCGCCAUGAUGCCUGCCUUUAUACAACAGAUGCAAAAUCCGCAGAUACAAAACGUCGUAACCAACCCGGACGCCUUGGCCGCAAUCAUGCAGAUUCAACAGGGUAUGGAGCAACUGCGCACCGUUGCUCCCGAACUCGUGGGAAGUAUGGGUCUCACGGUUCCACCUGCGACCACAACAUCGAACAUAAGUGGCACAAACCCCAGUGUACCGACCAGUCAACCAUCGGAUCAACCGGAUGCCAAUCAACAUGCGGAUCAACCUCAACAUCAGGAUGCGUUUUCUCAAUUUAUGGCACGGAUGGUUUCUGCAAUGGCAUUAAACCAAGGUGUAGAAGUUGAUGGUCAACCUGUAGCUCCUCCAGAAGAACGUUACAGAGCACAACUAGAGCAACUUACAGCUAUGGGUUUUCUUAAUAGAGAUGCUAAUUUACAAGCAUUAAUUGCCACAUUCGGAGACAUAAAUGCUGCCGUUGAGAGACUACUCUCUAAUGGACAAUUAUCCAUGAGCUAACCACCAAUCUGCAAUACUGUUAUUCCAAUAUUACCUUUAAUUUUGUCCUUAUUUAUCUCUUACGAUAAAUGUGAGAGAUAUAUAAGGUAACUGGCUGUCGAAAAUUAUAAACUUAUAUCCUCUCCUCUUCCUCCUUUCCCUUUUUUCAAUCAUGAUGGAAUACACGCUACUCACCUUACUUCAAUUUGCAGUUUUUCUUAUUUAGAUUCAGAUUUGUCUGUGUUUUAGACGGAUAGAAAAAUAUCGAUGGUACGGCCAUUACUAUUGUCAUUUCACAUAAUUAGUUGUUCACUUUUCUGAAUCUUUGUUCUUAAUCUAUGUAUCCUCUUUGAUGUGCUCUAGGUAUAGUCGAUUUCUUAUAUUCUAAGAUUAUUGGAAGAGAUAUCCCUCUAUUCUGGAAUAUCUCACAAUUUUCUGAAUAUAUAGAUAAAAAUACAUUCAAAAUAAAACUAGUGUAUUAUUUUUUGCUUCCUUUUUCACUCUAAUGUGGUUACAUGGCAAAUAUGAGUAAUAAUAUAGCGGUGCAAAAAAACUCCAGUUAGACGAAAACAGCUGAUAAAAGAAAGUCUAGAAUAGAGAAUCUUAGAAUCGAGAAAAUCGGCUGCAGCUUCGUUGAUGUCAUUUUUUCCGUGUAAAUUUCUUUACAAAAGUACCUAAGAACAGAUUACGAGUAGAAUUGUAAUAUGAUCAUGUUCACGACUGCAUUCACAUUACUACGUAUAACUUUAUGACUAUUUCUUAGGAACAUGAACCCCUGCAUGGAAAAUAUAGAUUGCCGCUAUUUAACGAGCUCGCUUUCUCGACUAUCGAUCGAUCGAGAGUGUAUUCCUUUUGCUUUCAGAUAUCCUGAUACUUGUAAUCAUUGUAGCGAAAAUAUGUUAUUUGUACGUUCCAAAUAAAAAAAAAGUAACGAACGAAUAUUGGAAUCAACUGGAAUGAACGUAUAAUGCUUUUUG